GACUAUAAGAGAGUUGACCUUUGCUCACACGUGUUCACUUCUCAGUGAUCUGUGCACCAGUGGGCAGAGCUCGAAGCCCUGGAGGAAACGAUGAGCGUUGGUUUAUCGGCCGGGACAGGAGAGCCACGCCGUCUCCACGGGUUCGUCCCAGGCAGCUGAGCCAAUAAGACGCCUCCGUCCCCUGUGGUUCUGACCGCCUGACAGAUCUAACCUCACUCCACAUUUACAUUACAUUACAUUACAUUUCAUUUAGCUGACACAUCGGAGUCAAGGACAGAGUGCGACACAUCUUGAUCCCUGAUUGACCGAGUGUCGGAUUGAGUGACUCCCACCGGGCGCCACCAUGCAGGAGUGCCACACCGGCCUGUGUCUGUCCGUCUACGUCAUCACCUUCGUGCUGGGCUUCCCCGCCAACGUCAUCGCCUUCUACACCUUCUGCAAGAAAGUGAGGCAGAAGCCCACGCCCAUCGACAUCCUCCUCCUCAACCUGACCAUCUCCGACCUCCUCUUUCUCCUCUUCCUGCCCUUCAAGAUGCAGGAGGUCAUGAACAAGAUGGUGUGGGACAUGCCCUACUUCCUCUGCCCGCUGUCCGGCUUCGUCUUCUACAUGACCAUCUACAACAGCACCUCCUUCCUCACGGCGGUCAGCGUGGAUCGCUACCUGGGCGUGGCUUUCCCCAUCCACUACUCCGUGAAGCGGCGACCUAUGUAUGCUUGGGCCGCCAGCAUCUUCUUCUGGAUUUUCUCCUUCCUCCACCUGAGCAUUGUGUUCAUUGUGCCCUUCAUCGGUCACAUGAAGCCUCCGGACAGCCCCGGGGGUCUCAACGCCUCGGGGGCCGGGGGCGGGAAACCGGUGUGUUAUCAGAAUUUCACCGAGGCUCAGCUGAACGUCCUCCUGCCCGUGCGUCUCGAGCUCUGUGUGGUACUCUUCUGCAUCCCUUUCCUGAUUUGCAGUUUCUGCUACAUCAACUUCAUCAGGAUUCUGUCCAAGCUGCAGCACAUUAACCGGCGCCGGCGCCUCCGGGCCAUCGGCAUGGCGUUAGGAACACUGCUGGUGUUCGCUCUGUGCUUUGGUCCCUACAACAUCUCGCACAUUGUGGGUUUUAUAACGUGGAAAAGUCCCGACUGGAGAGACAAGGCCCUGCUCUUCAGUACCUUCAACGCCUGUCUGGAUCCUCUCAUCUUCUACUUCUCCUCCUCUGCUGUGAGAGAGACUGUGAGCGGUAUGAUACAAGGGGUUAAAAAUCGCCUUCCCGGGUGCUCGUCCAGUCACGUUCACUGUGGCUCGGGGGGGCGAGACAACAAGACUGCGAGAGAUAAGGAACACAAACAAGAGUCAAGCAAUGCUAUCUGACUAUGGGGAGAGGGAGCUAUGGACAGCUGCUUUGACUAAUUUGUUUUUACAUCCCUGGAAGCAGGAAAUUAAUGUCGUGUUUAUGUUUUUACAUGUGAGAAGAUUGCACGGCGUGCAUCACACGGCGCAGCGCUGUUUGACUCUGUGAUGAACUUCCUGCUCAUAAACCAGACAGCAGAGGAACUCUUCUGUCUGCAGGAGCAAGCGGCGGCAGUUUUUUGUGCAGCUUAACAUGCAAAAGAUGCAGUGACUUGCUACUUUGAACUGUCACAUUCAAAUGAGCAAUAUUUAAUACACAACAGCAGGAUUUCACAAGAUCUCCAGUAAUGCAGUCGGUGGAGAUGCAAACAAAAAGAAUGUCUAAGCAACAGCUGGCGACGUCAUCUCAAUGAGAGAUAAAGCUCACCGACAAACAGGAAGUGUCAUAUGUUUGUAAAAGGAUGCUCAUCGGAUUUUCUGUUUAAAAGAAAUAGGGCUUAUAGAGUAUUUGCAGCUCCAUGUAUGCCGCUUUUUGAUAAUAUAUUUGUGUACUUUGUUCUUUGUCUUAUACAAUUAAGGAUGUUCCUGUUUCCACAACGUGACAUUUACAUUAUGUUUUGGAUCAUUUAAAUGACAAACAUGGAUGUAUUUAAAACACGUGCUGUACUUAGAAGGCAUAUGUGUAUGAAUAUAUGUAUGAAUGCAUGUUAUUUGUAUGGAAGCUGUAUGACAAGGGUUGUAAUUAUAUAAGACAAAAUGUAGAUACAAUA